AUGCGUCGUGCUGUUGUGGCCUACGACGACUUGCCGCAUGCGCAAGAGGCGGUAGCCCAGGUCGCGCAGCCCCAACGGCGCAAGCGGGCCAAGGCUGCGCCGUAUGUCGGCGAUCAUUGGGACGCCCCCGAGCGCGUGCCUGUGGCCACGCCCGCCCCGCCUGCGCCGUGGGAGGACAAAGAGACAGGGCAUAAGCGUGCACCGAGUCCGGACGAGGUAUGGUACGCGUACCAGGAUGAUGAGGCUAUGAUUGCUUCACCUACACACUCUACGUCGUCGCCCUUUCUGGACGAUACAGCAUCCCUAGACGACGAAGAGGCCACGUCGUUGACAGCUGAGGAGAUGUGGGACGAUACAUUUCUGAUCGAGGCAUGGGACGCAGCUGAGGAAGAGUAUCGUACUUUCCAUGCACAUCGCACAGAAGCACACAACCAAGCGGCCAAGCAGACGCCAUCCGUCUGGCACAGUCUUCCCUCGCAGGGCUUUGGCUCGACCAUCUCCACUCUGCCUCCACCGCCCCCGCCUCUGCCUACAGCGUCGACCACCACCCCUGGCUGGACCAGAGCCCAAGAGAUCGUUGCAUCGACGCCCAAUACCAUCGGCGGGACGACAUCAGAUGAGCGUACACAGACACUGGCGAUGGCAUGGUAUUAUGCAGGGUAUUACACAGCGCUCUAUGAACAGAACUCGUAG